AUGCUUGUGUCUACAAAUAAUACUCCGAAGAAUAAUAAGAAAGGAAACACCACAAAUAAUGAUGAACAAAGAACGAUCGAAAGGCUUAGAUUUCUUUUGAAAAAUGCCAUUUAGGUAUAUCCAAAAGUAAAUUAAUAAAUCUAGCUUAACGAUGAAUUGGAAAAGAAAAAUGCUUUACUGCUAUAUAGAGUAGAACAAUAAUAAAAUUAAUCUCAAUAAUCAAUUUCACAAGAUGAUUAUAAGCAGUAGCUAACUAAACUGUAAUGCUUAUUAUCUGAAGCUUAGUUAGAAAAUCAGCAAUUAUAGUAAAGUUUGAAAAAUCUCAAAUAAUCAGGUAUGAAAUCUAUUGUAUAAAUACAAGGAAAUCAAAAUCCGCCAAUCAACAAGAAAAAUUUCGAGUUGAUUCUCUAAGAUUGUGCAAUCUCUUAAAUAGAGAAGCAAUUUUACGAGUACUUUGAAAAGUCAUCAGCUGUCCUCUAAGAACAAAUGAUUUUAGAAUUCUAAAACAGAUUAGAGAAAUAUUAAACAAAAUAUUAAAUAGUAGAGAUACACAGAAUUACGAGCUUCACAAAUUUGGAUAAAACUAAAUGCAUAGAAUCGCAAUAAAGAGAAAUUGACAUUCUUGAGUCAAAGUUAAACAAUACAGAAAAAGAACUUAGUGAUCUUAAACGUAUGUUAUUUAAAUGCAACUUUAGGUGUUCUAGAAUCAUAUUAGUAAUAAUAAUCAAUGAAAUAAAGUUAAUAAGAUUAGGUUCAUGACUUUUUCAAUUCAAACUAAUUCGAAGUUUUCACCUCUAGACUCAAUAACAGUCAAGGAAUGGACGAAUGUUUGAGUACCGAUAAAAGGUGGAUAGAUAUUGAUAAUAAUUAGCUUAAAACUGAUGAACGCAAACUAAUCCAAUAUGAAAAGAUCAUAGAGAAUUAAAAACUAGAAAUAGAAAACCUUUAGAACAAAUUAUCUAAUUUAUCUAAAGUAAGAAUACAAAAUAUGUCCUAGAAAAAACAUCAAUUGAAAUUGCAAAAUUAAGAACUUUCCUCUGUUUUAUACUAAUAAGCAGAAACCUGCUAAAGAAUUAUCUCCAAUUUACAAGCAAAAAUUGAAAAACAAGUUCUUUAGAUACAAUAUUAUUCUUCUAUCCAGUAGAUGAGAUCAAAAUUGAAUCAAGUAAAUUGAUUUAUUUUCUAUCGCAUAGUAAUCCUCUAAACAUAGUGUGUAGAGUAGUUAACAAAUUGAUAUAAGGAAGAAGUUCACAUAUCAUUCUCCAAAUGCCAACAACUCUCCUGUAUCCCUUGCCAAAUCAUAAACUAAUAAUAGAUCUCUUAAGAAAGUAAUAAUUUAUCAUACUAAUUUAACAGCAAGACUCCUCUAAUGAUUAGACAACGUGGAUCAUCAAAACUACAGAUGCGUCAUUAGUUAAGAAACUGGAUAAAAAAGAUUCCUAAUCUGAAAGUACAACUGACUAGGUUCAAAAACCUACGAAAUUGUCAACACAUUUAUAAGAAGUUAAGAAAUCCUUAGAUUAGAUUUCAAAUGGUAAUUGCACCUAGAAACUUUUAAAAGGAUAUUAUUUUGCAUAGAAUAAACCAAUUUUAACAUUGGAUGAUUUUUGA